CACUCCUUUGCUAGACUCAAUUUCCUUUGUGAAACGAGACAAGCAACUCUCGUCGCGAUCGUACGCCAUUCGAUGCCAACGCCUUCGGAUAGCUGGUUGAACAGUGCUUUGAGCAUCGGCAUCAACCCGCCCGUCGAUGCCAACACGAUAUUGAUCAAGACUAAAGUCUGGAAUCAGCACGCAUAAUGGUGGGCAAAUAAGCAAAACGCGUGCACCGCAACCGGAAGCGUUUGCGGAGCCGGUAAGAUGGUGCACCGCGGUGCCUGCGUGACAAACGAGUUAGCGGUCUAUGCGAGUGACAAGUCCAUCGCUACGUGUUUACGCAUUGAGGCUUAAAGAGUAGCCUGUGGUUGGAGUCCAGACAGGGAGCAUGUCCUGUUUUCCUUCUCCACGUGCAGUCGAAUCGCUUUCUCACUACAUCAGGCUGCAGAAGAUUUCCAGAGGCUGUGUUUGUUUCACAGUUGAUCUUUUACCAUAAACGGUGCCUAUGGCGCUAAUCGUUCUCGAACAAAGCCUGUUUCUCGCGCAGCAACGUCAUCCAAGAACUACUGCAGGAACAAUAAGAGCCUCGUGAGAAAUCAUUUUAAAGAGCAUGUUGACAGGUCAAAAAAAUUUUUCGCCCUGUUUGCUGUUAGAAGAAGUAUGCCUGUCAAUAUGGCCUCACGUAUAUUGCUUACUACGAUAAUUGCUUGCACAGUGCAGGCCACCACUGUGGAACUAAUGGUCACGAACCGAUGCACUGACAACAUAUGGCCCGCCAUAGUUACCCAAGAAGGUACAGGUCCAAGCGAGUCUGGAUUCCAGCUUGCGCCAGGGAUAUCCCGAAACUUGACUGUAGGCACAGACUGGAACGGUAGAGUGUGGGGUCGUACAAACUGCACGUUUGAUGACAAAGGCAGCGGUGGGUGUCUCACGGGCGAUUGUGGUGGAAUACUGAACUGUACGGGCAAUGGCGAGGCAUCCACGCUGGCUGAAUUCAACCUCCCUGGAGGACUAAAUCAAUCGUAUUACGACAUCUCGCUAGUCGAUGGCUAUAACCUGCCUCUUGCCAUUGAGGUUAUACUAGACGGCAACAACCCAUUUCAGCCCUUGCCGAAUACCACAAACCCGUCGUGUAUCGGUGGCGUGCAGGGGUUUGCAUCAAUGCCCUAUGAUCCGUACGCCAACGGACAGGAAUUCUUAAAUACCUCAUCACGAACUCCGCUCCCUUUCGAAUCGAAAUUAACAACAAAUGACGUCUCAAAGUGGUGUCCCAGCGACCUGAAGCUUAAAGCGGCGGAAAGCGGAAGUUCCGCGUUCAAUCCUUGCGUGUCACCUUGCGAACGAUACAAGGUUAGCAUCUACUGCUGCACAGACAAUUAUGACUCGGCCAAAAAAUGUCACCCAAACUACUAUGCCAUCCAGGCCAAAAAAGUCUGCCCUGAUGCUUACAGCUAUGCCUUCGAUGAUGCCAGCUCGACGUUCACAGCGCCUUUGGGGACAGGCUUCGAGGUGAUCUUCUGUCCUGGAGGGAGAAGCACGACGAUUCAAAAGACACUAAAUCCUUCUGCCGGGACCUCCAUUGUGCCUAAUCUGGCCGCAGUCUUCACGGCAUCCAGUAUUUUGGUUCUCGCGUUGCUGGGCUGAUCAAAGUUGAGAUUAAAAGUGAAGUCUUUUGUCUCGAGCUUGUAGUGUUGGAUGAUACCCAUACAAUUGAAUUAGUUGUACCUUAUUGCUAUAUGACAUCAAUGAUCAUAUCGCAGCCGCGCACAAAUCAUGCUAUUGCCUUGUCUCUCAUUUCUUCAUACACUGUGUUCUGCGAUCACAGCAGUUUCUCCCUGUUCAUCAAGCGGGAGAGUCCAUCAACUUCCCUAAGCUUAUCAGUUAUAAAUAUCAGCAGAUCCAAGUCGAAGAACAACAAAAC